CAUGUGGUCUUCGAGGAGGUGCAGCUUCGGGGUCACUGUUGCCUUUGGGUAUGUCACCCUGAUACCCACUGCAUGUGUUACAUGUUAACUUUCAGCAAAACAUACCAAGGUGGUGGUGAAUUGGUCAGCAAGUGCUCUAGCUGAGUGGUGGGCACUCCUGUGCCACGGUGACCAGAGACUGGCACAGAGUGUUGGUGUUUUCUCGCUGCA